AGCGGACACGAGAUCGAGAGGUCGGCUGCAGACAUGAGGUGUGAGCUGAUGAUGGUGUGGCUGGGCGUGGCGCUGACCUGGUCCCAGCGACUCCCGACAAGGGACGAACAACUCUUCCGACUACAGGCGAAAAAUGCCGAGACGAGCCACUGGAACACGAAGGUGCUCCCCGACGGCAUGGAGGUUCGGAACUUCCUCUUCGAAGACGUCACAAAAACGUACUAUUUCUUUGUUGAAGACGAAGGUUCCCCCGUGCUGAUCGUGGUGGAACCCUGUGAUACAGAGAUCGAGUGGAAGGUCACUCAACACGAAGUCACAGAAGGCGUCGGGCUGGACGGGUCAGGUCAAACUGAACAAAUGGAGGAGCAGGGACGGAAGGGACCCAGCCUGACAGGUCCUGUGGUCGGAACCUUCUCCGGCCAUGACGUCAUGUCGUACUACAACCGCGCCUCCCAGCGGGCCAUGUACAGAGUGCAGGUGACGUCCCGAGGCGCAGACACGCUGUUCGGCAUGUACGCCACCACCACGCCGGACUCCGACAAGCCUUACCCGGAGGUACCCGGCGAUCCGGAGGUGAAAGCUUCAGAAGUCGGCAAAUCCUCUGCAACUUUGUCUUGGGAACCUAGUCCCACGGAGACGAAAUUCCACCUACCGGUUAAGUACUGCAUUGCAGUCAACAGGGAGAGGAACUUGAAGACCCUGUGCGCCGUCACGUCGCGGCGGAGUGGUGGGGACGACAUGCCGAUGCCACCACCGCCGUUCAGAUUCGGAUUUGACUUCGAUUUCAAGAGUUUCGGCUUCAAGCGGCGAGGAAAGAAGCGCCGCAACCGAGAUAAAAUAGUUUUCCCUGACUCCAAGGCGAUUGCACCACAAGAGAACAUCCUUUUCGAGUGCGUCGGUGACAAAACAGCCUACACUGUGGCGGGUCUACAGCCCGGGACUCAGUACUUUUACGACGUUUUCGUGGUGAGCACUCUGACCAAUCGCAGCUCGGCUUACACAGGGGGAAGGCUGGAGACCAAACAGCACAAGCGGAGAACGCGUUUGAAAGACGGGAAGGUGACCACCGCCACCGUCAAACGGUCCAAGGGCCAGGCCUACACCGUCACUGUCGGCGACACACAGUCGUCUCCUCUCCAGCUAACCGUCCAAUCGUGCAUGGGGGAAGUCAGCGUGAAGGUUUCCCGAGAAGGAGACGUUGUGGCUAAGGAGUCUCGUGUCAACUCCUUAUGGAACCUCGUCCUUACGAACCUGACGGAAGGAGACUACCAGGUGGCCGUCAACAGUAAGCGCAAGCGGCCCUCAACGUUCAAGAUUUUUUCCACAACAAAUCCCGCCAAGUAUCCCUACGCACAGAUGCCAAGCGACACGAGGAUCAAACAGUUUGAAAAGCUGACGACGUGCGACUCGGCAACCAUCGCGUGGUUAGUUAACGACGAGCGGUCUAAAUACUGUGUGUACAAAAGCGUUGUGAGCAAAAAGGUGUUCCGACGGAGAUCGGAACGGGACAACUCCUGCGAAAGUCCGCGAACGAGAAAGAAGGACGACAAGGUAAUAUGUAGACAUCAUCGGCCCGGGGCGGUGGACAGAUCGGUCAUGAUCGAGAGAAUAUCCGGGCUCAAGCCAGGAACGAGGUACAAGUUCGACGUGUACGUCCAGAAACACAGAGGGGAGACAGGCCAGGCUCUCAAGUACAGAAGCGUCUACAUUAAAACUAAGCGGCGCUGCUGAAUGAAGCACACAUAGUCAUAUGAACGUUUGAGUUUUUUUUGUAAGUUUGUGCGCAGGUGGCUCAGGACUUCAGCGGAAUUUUUCUGAAGCAACAAAGAACAUGAAUGGAAAUGAACCAUUCUUGUGGUAGAAAAGGAUGUAAAUUUUGAUGUGUGGAUCGUAAUGCGUAAGACUGUUCAAGGAUUUUGUACAACUUUAAUGCACAGUAAUAUGCCCAAUGGCAAUGUAUUUCUGUAAAACAAGGAAAGUCGCACUUCGACCAGUUGGCAAGGACAGAUAGUAGAUGGUUGGUAAAAAUCGUUACAGAACAGCUUUUAAGGAUGAUAAGGAUAUGCGUUCAGAUAUGACACCAAUAAGGAAAAAUUAAAAGCAAUGGCCCUGAAUUCUGAGUGCAUCUGCCGGACAGAUGUUGUGUAUUGUGUCAAACAUUGGCGUGCAUAUCUUAUACUACCCGGUAUUAUAUACACUUUUUAUACUGUGCUGGCAAUGCACCUCGAAAAUAAGGCCAUGUAUCGGAAUGGAAUUUAUGAAAAAGGAAAAUUUCGUAACCAGGCGACUUGCAUGUACCAUAACGUCCAUAUAUGGAUAUCUUAAGUUUAGGUACAUAACUUAUAUCUGUACAGUUAAUGUCUUGAUUUUGUGCACAUAUGCAGUUAAGGUAUACCAGGAACUACCCUACCGCUAGUCUGUUAUACAGACUUGUACAGCUUGCAUCCCAACUGUCACAUCCCUGCUCCCACGGCUGGGUACCAGGCUAACUAGCUAGGCUCAGGUACACAGGGUGUAGCUACCUCCAACUCUGGAGAUGAACUACUACUAGUCUCCAAGCAGAUCCUACGGUGGCAAGACAGUAUCCAUUGGCCAGGGAAGUACCUGGGCUAAUGGGCACUCCUUUGACCAAUGGAUACCUUGCCAUCGUAGGAUCUGAUUGGAGAUAAGAGUUGAACCGCAUCACAUUGUGGUUUUAUUAACCAAUCCCAUAGCACCUUCCAUCCCUGCCAAAACAUAGAAAUGCAGACAUUUGACGGACCUGCGGUCACACUCUCAUUGGUCGAACCGCUAAUUGCCAUCCUCUCAUUGGUUGAUUAUUACUGCUAGUAAUAAUUACGUUGGACAGUCAGGAUCGGUCUAUUACAUGGUGACAUUUUGUUAUGGUGCCCUUGUAUUGAGUAUUCCCUUUUUGAUUUCUGGUGUGAUACUUGUCAAGAUUUCAAUUGAUUAUAUUGGAUUUGGUACUGACUUGGUAGGAACAAAUGGGAAUAAAGAUAUUGGAUUUUA